AUGGCAUUGCAAGUUGGACCAAAUGCUCCAGCAAUAGCUGGUAAAAGUAUUGUUCAGGCGGCCGCUGUGCUGAAUCCCAGACUACCGAGACUGACCGAAUUCAAUGUUGUUGGUCAAGGCUCGAUUGUGCAGGCGUCGGUGCCGGCCAGCGUUCCUGUCUGGGUCCGUCGAGGCGCUCUGGCCGGCGUGCUGGGCAAAGACGCAGUAUCGGGCGUUUUGUCGCGAUUCACCGUGGGGAACUCGUUUCUGGGCCGCCUGUUUGGCCGCCAGCCCAUGAUUGUCCAGCGGGUGGUCUCCACUAGCCCUUCCACUCUGCUGCUGGCAGCUCCCACAAAUCAGACCCUGACGGUGCUUGAAAUGGACGGCUCGGUGGACUGGGCCGUGGUAUACCCUGCAACCCUUCAUGCACAUGCUGGAGAGAGUUUGAAUAUUAUUCCCCGUACCGCUGUCGGCGGACUGGUCCACGCUGUACCAUUUUCACACAUCAGUGCCCGGGGCCGAGGAGUCCUCGCCCUGGCGUCACCAUCCCAGCUUCUGCGAGUUACCCUGGAGGCUGGCGAAAGCAUGCUUGUUCAACGAAGCCACCUGGCUGCAUUCUCAAUUGAUGGCAAUGCCGCAGGCGGCAAACCGCGCUUUGUGGAUGUGAGCUUCGCUCUGGCCCCGGACCCGGACGCCCACGCUGUGACUCCUCGACGCUCGUUUGGCAACCCCACGGUCGACAAGGCUGUCUACACAACCCUGGAGCUCACGAGACAAGCGUUUUCCUGGCUCAAGCGAGCAGUGCGUCGCGGAGCGGCCGGACGGUUCGUGGAAAUGCACGGACCUUGCACGAUUCUGGUUACUGCGCAGGCGCCGGUGAUUAAAAAGUAG